UAACAGUGGAAAAAGUUAGAGAGAGAGAGAGAGAGAGAGAGAAGGGUUUAGAAGGAAAAAAGAAAAGUUUGUUUGGCUGAAUCAGGAACAAAAGGGCCUAUAAUUUUUCAUUAGAAAAUGUUAUUCAAAAUCUCAUUUCAACUCAACCAUGCUAUAUUCAAGGUCUCUGUCUAUACUAUUCUCUCACUAUUUUCUUUACCCAGAAAAUGUGCAGGAAAAAAAAAUCAUGGGAAAUAUUCCUAGUAAUUUUUAGAGAACCAUAAGAGGAACAUUAGAGUGCCUCCCUGCUUUCUGGGUUUAGAAUUUUACAACUGAAGGAAGUCUCUUGUUGAGCCUGUUUAAAUGCAAAUCUAUAGAUAUAUUCCUUCCUGGGUCUCUGACAUUCUCGCAUGCAUGGGAGCAGAGGCUGUUUUGGAUGCUUUACCAAACCUUCACUAAUUAUCGCGGUGGAUGAGCCAUCGAAGGGACUGACAAUUCAAGGUAAAGCGGCAACAAAAGCUAGUUUUUCCGAGGAUAUUUGGAGCUCUAGCACUAUAGAAAUGGACAAUAGCGGCUUCCACUCCCAGAGAAGUAUCUCAUUGGGCACUUCAAACCAUGUUUCUGAUCCUCAUGCUACUUCGAGCAGUCCUCGCGAAUUCGUAAACCAUGGUCUCACUCUCUGGCAUCAGACAAGGCAGCAAUGGCUUGGAAACAAAAAGUCUCAGAUAAGGACACAAAGCCCAGAGCCCAGGAUAAGUUGGAAUGCCUCUUAUGAGAGUCUACUUGGAACAAGCAAGCCUUUUCCAAAACCAAUACCUCUUUCUGAAAUGAUAGACUUCCUAGUUGAUUUAUGGGAGCAAGAGGGUUUGUAUGACUGAGACUUGAAAGGAAGCAAAAAGCAUAAAACACUUUGAAUCUUAUCAUUCUUCAUCCACAUUAUUAUCUCUUUGAUCAUUUCAAAAAAAAAAAAAAAAACAAAGAGGUGAAUGCAAUGCAACUCUUGUACACAACAUUCUUCUUCAACAUAGUAGAAUUGGGUGCAAGUAGAACUUUUUAUACCAAAAUUGAAACAUUCAAAUGUGUAAUAAAUUUAGAAAACAUCUAUUUAGUAGUAUUUGAGUGACUAUGGAUUAACAAA